UCUCGUGCCACUGCAGCUCCUGCUCCCGCUGGUUCCAGGCCCAUACGCAGAGAACCAGCGCAACGACAAUCCCAACCUGUUUGUCACAAGACUCUUCAUUCUUUACCGAGUUUCGUCUGUCUCCCACCAAAAGUCGGCCAGCGAAACCCAAGAGCCUAGUCGCAGCGCUAGUAGCUAAAUUAAACACCACCUUUGUCGCGGCAACAGAUCUGACAAUCUAGAACCUACCGCUUAGGACCGGCUGCUAUCUCUCGCCAACCCAAUCUCAAUCAGGAAGCUCAACGCAAGGUGAUUGGCGCAAAUCACCCAGGUCACCCGGAGCCUCUACACUAAGGUAUCACGGGUAUCCAAUACCCUGCAGCUAGGUAUCUGUGGUACCGGUCGUGCGGGGGAGAGAGACGGAAGUUUCAAACGUCAGUUGCGGUCUGGAGGAGGGUUAAAAGACGGAGAAAGAGGAGGUUCGAAGGCGAAAAUUGGCCGCGGGGAGAAAAUGAUGCUGACCCAUUUCCAAUCUGGACCACUACCACACCUGGUUGCGCCCACCACGCCCACCACCGCCAGCACCAUGGAGAUGCCUGGAUAUGGAUACAGUAUGAUGAACCAGCAUCAGCAACAGCAACAACAGCAACAACUCAACUAUCACAACAACGACAACAACAACAACAACAACAACAUCAGCUCCAACCAAUUCAUUCGGCAACAAUAUGUUGCACCUCAACCAGCACCAUGUGCGCGGAAGCGCAAAGCCGAUUCACAGCCUGAACACGAGCGCCUCUCCAAGCGCAUGAGCCUGUUGAAUCUGGAACACGGCGGCCAUAGGUUAUACGUCUCCGUUGGGAACCCACAAGCGCAAAACUCCUUCUCAUCUUCAUUCCCAUCUACUACUACACCUCCCACCACAUUGCCAUCAUCAUCUUUAUCGUCUCAGACCAACCAAUACCCUACCGCCGCCGCCGUAGGUCAAGAUGACACCGAAUUCAUGCAAGUCGACAACACCAAGCACAAAGUGUACAUCUACAACAUCGAAGAUGAGCUCUCCUCUGAGAGCGAGGCCGAACAAGACGGCAGCAAGCUGGUUUUCCUCCCGGAUAUCGAGAGUCACCUGCGACAGAACCGCAUCCCGGCCCAGGUGCUCAAUGCCCAGCCACUGUCUGUGGAGUCGGAUAUCCUGAACAAACAACUGGUGCUCUACAGCGUGCCAGCGUCCCUUACGGUCCCUGAGGAGCAGGAUAGCGUGCGCAAAGCCAUCUUGGAGGCGCGCGCCCGCAUUCGUGAGAAGCAUCUGAUGGAGAGUCAACAGCUGCAACAGCAGCAAAGGCAGCAGCAGGUCAACAAUACACUGACGGAUACGGUGCAGAUUAUUCAUCCCGGGUCACUGCCGCAGUUUGAUACUGGUGCUGCUGCUGGUGAUGAGGUUGAUGAUGAUGCUAUGGAGCUUGACUAGACUAGACUGUACAGAAGUCUGGUCUUUCCACGUGCGAUCAGAUCAAAGCAGGGCAGCGCAAUAGCAGUUUGUUCAGGUUUGUCUGGCGUUUGAAAAUGGAUCUGGUACACACAAAGGGAUGGGCAUGGUAAAAAAGGUCCCCACGAAACGGAUAUACGGGGAACAAAACAACAGCGAGGCGUUAUGGCGUUUGCUUUUUAUCUUCAAAGGCAUGAGGUUCAAACACGCAUGAUGAUGCCUCGAAAUUGGGAGACAUUGCCUGGAUUUGUAAGUUAACUUUGAGCUUCAUCAAUACCAUUUAUCAGUACUUUGGCUAUCUCGGCUGAGCUCAAGUGAUCGCC